ACGGAGAAAGUGUUGAGUGAUAAUAUGAGUAUUGAUGAUAAGCCAUCGAUAAAGAUGAAGGAAAAAUUACGAGGGGUGUUAUCGCAGAUCAGAGGAUAUCGAGAACUGUGUACUUUGGUUGAGGCGAGAAGAUUGGAGAAGUACGAUAAGGAAAAUAUGCAUCACGAAAAGAGGCUGAUCAGAUUAUGGGACCUACUCAUGCCUAAUGAGAAACUUAAAAACAGGAAGACAAAACAAUGGCAGAAAAUUGGGUUUCAAAGUGACGAUCCCUCAACAGAUUUCCGUGGAAUGGGUAUUUUGUCAUUGGAACAGCUCUUAUUCUUUGCACAAUACGAUUUUGAUGAAGCUUCUUCCGUUCUUUCGCUUUCAAUGGACACUAAAUAUGAAUUCCCGAUGGCAAUCGCUGGAAUAACGUUCAGUUGGAUGUUGAGAGAUCUGCUCCAUAGAGGAUAUCUGAAAACUCAUUUCUAUAACAGUGUUGCGGGCGCGCCUUCACUCAACAAUUUUCAUCGAAUUUAUUGUAAACUCUUCAAAUUGUUUUCAAAAUAUUGGAAAUAUCGCGAGCCGUCAUCAAUGAUGGAUUUCAAUUCUGUGAAAGACGAUUUCGAGCAAAGAUUUAUCGAAAAGAUUACAUCAGAGGAUGUUAAUAUUCUUAAGAUUGAAUUUGAUGAUCUUAUCAGUUGA